AUGUCUGAUGUAAAUACUGCUGUCCAAAUUUGUUCGAUGUUGCAUCAACGUUACUCUGAAUUCUCUGCUCAAUUAUUAGAGCACUGGCAAAAAGUUCUACCUUUAAAAAAGGAUGAAAAGAUCAUUAACCCCAGCAAAAUUCGAGUAGAUCUCAGGUUUUAUGCUGAGUUAGUUUCCUGUGGUGUAUUCAACUUGAAAGAAGGUUUGCCCCUUCUUGGAAAUUUGUUGACCGUGUUGACAGCAUCGGAUAAGGAAGAACAUGGAAAUGUCAAUAUCCUCUUGAGUUUUUGUCGCCAUUGUGGAGAAGAUUAUGCAGGUCUAAUACCUCGGAAGUAUCGCACUUUAAGUGAAAAAUUCAAUCUUGAAGUUCCAAAAAGUAAUUUCUUGCCUGCUGACCGACAGAAAGGGUUGCGUAAUUUGUUAAAAGAAUAUUAUAAGUCAUUAUGUAAGCAUGUUAUUAGAGAUUACAAAGUUCUUCAAAAUAUGGAGAAGCAAAAUCAUAGAAUCUUGCAGACUAAAGGAGAGUUAAGUACUGAGAGGAAAGAAAAAUUCGAAUCUUGUCAAAAUGCAUUCCAGAAACUUGUUACCAACACUCAGCAAUUUGCUGAUAUUGUGGAUGAAGAUAUGCCAGAGCUACCUAAAGAUGAAACUUAUUCUCAAGACAGUGAAACAACAAUUGAUGUACAUAAUCGUUUUAAAGAUGGUGAGGCUGAAGGAACACUUUCAAUUUGGGAAGAUGAUGACACUCGUUGCUUUUAUGAAAAUUUGCCCGAUCUCAAGGCUUUUAUACCUGGUAUUCUUUUUAAAGAUAGCUCUCAAACACCUCUACAAAAUCAGUCUGAAAAUGUUGAGGAAAAGCUGGAAGAAGAUUUAAGCAAAUUGGAAAUUGAAGAUAAUGAAUUGUUAGAAGCUGAAGUAAAAGAAGUUGAGGAAUUCAAAGACAUUGCCAAAAGUGAUGAGAAAGAUCUUACAGAAACACUUAUGCAAGAAAUAGAUGAUACAGAAGAAGACAGCUCUGUUACCAAUUCAGCCAAUAAACUAUUAUUAGAUGGGUUUUUAACAUCUCUGCUUAAUUGUGUUAAUAGAGAAAUGAUUGAUCAAGCUGCUGUAGACUUCUGCAUGAAUUUGAAUACUCGGCCAAAUCGGAAAAAACUUGUACGAGCAUUAUUUUUAGUUCCCAGAACAAGGUUAGACCUUUUGCCAUUUUAUGCUCGUUUUGUUGCUACAUUGAAUCCCUGCAUGCCCGAUGUUGCUACAGAUUUAGUUACAAUGUUGAAGCAGGAUUUUAAAUUUCACAUGAAAAAGAAAGAUCAAAUAAAUAUUGAAUCAAAAGUGAAAACUGUUAGGUUCAUUGGUGAAUUAGUUAAGUUUAAGGUGUUCCCAAAAUCUGAAGCUCUAUUCUGUCUGAAACUUUUACUAUCAGAUUUCAUUCAUCAUCAUAUAGAAAUGGCCUGCAAUCUUUUGGAGACUUGUGGAAGAUUUUUGUUUCGAGCUCCAGAUUCUUAUCAACGUACUAAAGUUUUAUUAGAACAAAUGAUGAGAAAAAAGUCAGUUAUGUCGCUAGACAGUCGUUAUACAACAAUGAUUGAAAAUGCUUUUUACUACUGCAAUCCUCCAGAAGUUGCUCCGAUGGUGAAAGUUGAGCGUCCUCCCAUGCAUGAAUAUAUAAGAAAAUUAUUGUAUCAAGAUCUCACCAAAAAUAAUCUGGACAAGGGAUCUGAUAAAUAUUCGUCUUCUGUGAAAGUUCUUCGACAGAUGCGGAAAUUAGAUUGGGAUGAAUCAGAAACCUCGGCUUACAUUACUAAGUGUCUUACUGCAGUAUGGAACGUUAAAUACUACAAUAUUCGUUGCAUUGCUAAUUUGCUUGCUGGUUUGGUUGCAUAUCAGGAGAACGUUGGAUCUCAAGUGGUGGAUGGUGUGUUGGAGGAUAUUAGGUUGGGCAUGGAGGUUAAUCAUCCCAAAUAUAAUCAACGUCGAGUGAGCAUGGUGCGUUAUCUUGGUGAAUUAUAUAACUACAGGAUGGUAGAAUCAGCUGUUAUUUUUCGUGUCCUAUACUCAUUUAUUACUUUUGGAGUAAAUUAUGAUGGUUCAUAUUCAGAGCUUGAUCCUCCUGACCACUUGUUUAGAAUUCGUUUAGUUUGCAUACUUCUUGAUACCUGUGGUCAAUAUUUCAACAGUGGCUCGAGUAAAAAGAAGUUGGACUGUUUUCUGAUAUUUUUCCAGCGAUAUUAUUGGCAUAAAAUGUCAUCUGAAAUUUGGAAUGAAGAAUAUCCUUUUCCUGUUACGGUAAAAUUUAUGGUAACUGAUACAAUUGCUGCUUUACGUCCAAAACUGAAAAUGUACGAAAGUUUAGAAGAUGCCAUUCAAGGCGUUCAAGAUCUGAUUAACGAAUUAAAGCCUAAAUUGGUUGAAGUUUGCCCAAAUAUACUAAAUGAAGAUGACGAAGAAAAGUCAAAGGUGCAAACUCCUGCUCAAAAUGACAGUUUAGGACCAAUUGAGGAAGUUGAUGAAGAAGUUGAAGAUGAUGCCCAAAGUGAAGGCAGUUAUCAUGAAGGAGAAACUGAAGGAGAUACUGAUGGCUUUAGUGGAAGUCAAAGUCAACCUUUUGAAGAUGAAAAUGAAGUAAGCAGUCGACAUGGAAUGUCUCAACAGAGUGAUGUUGAAAAUGACCAAAUUUAUGAUGCAAGUGAAGAUGCUCCUAAUGUCAAGCUCGUCACUAAACAAGUUCAGUCAGCAGAAGAUGAAGAUUUCAUGACAGCAUUUGAUAGAAUGCUAUCUGAAAGCAUUCUUCAUAGGAAUCAAGAGUCUGUUAAACCACAAGUUGAUAUUGUGAUACCAAUGAAUAUUAAAGGAUCAAACAAGAAAGCAAUAUCUGUAUUUGAAUUGAAAGAAGAAGAAAAGCCAACAAUUAAUUUUGUACUGAUGACUAGACGAGGAAAUAAGCAACAGUUCAAAAAUCUGGCAGUCCCGGUUACUUCUGAACUUGCUCAAAAUUUGAAAGAUAGAGAAGAGGCUGAAAGAAUGGAAAAACAGCAUGUUAAACUUUUGACAUUGAAUAUAAAUGAAAGACAAGAAGAAGAAGAUUAUCAAGAAAUGUUGGCAGCUCAGCAAAGACCAUCAGUUAUGAAUUUGAAUAGAGAUCGCAGACAGAAAUACCAUCAUCCAAAGGGUGCACCUGAUGCAGACUUGAUUUUCGGAAAUAAGUAGCUGUCUGGCCUGGCCAGCAUUCAUUGAUCUGGGAAAGUUUUCCACCCUAUUUAUUUGUUUUUAAUGCUACAGUGAAAUGAGAAACCUACAUUUCUAUUUCUAAGAACCAAAUCUUUAAAUAAUAAGAAUAAUCGUUUACUUGUUGAAUACAAACUGAAACCAAAUUACGAUUAAGACCGAUCAUUUUAAAAAGCCGAAACUUCAUUUCAUCCAGGUCAUAUGAAAUUGUCUGCGCCAGGAAAUAUCAUAAUACACCUUGUCUCCAAGAGACUGCAGGAACAUUGACGUCCAUACCAUCACACAUCUUUUAAUGACAUGGAGUGCAAAUGCAGUCCAAUUUGUGAUUUUUGUACAGUUUUACAUUAGAUUUAAAAGUGUAAUAAAGUUUAUUUAUUUAAAAAUGCUUUUAAGUUUCUUAGACUUGUGCAUUCUUAAUUUCAAAAACUAUGCCAUGUUUGUAAUGGA